UCCUCCCCCGGCGUUCCCGUUUUCGUUCAUACGCUAUGGCGCCUCUGUGUACUUUCGUGUCUUCACAAUUCUAAUUUCCCUCUUACUUUGUUUCAGUAUGUUUUCUUGCGCACGUAAUGGCAUCCAAUUGCGCUGUCCAAUUACAUUCUGUUUCUUUCCAGCCAUCCGUAUCGGUUCGAAAGCCGCCUGCCUUGUCCGGCAUUUUUGGUUAUGAAUGCACUGGCAUUAGUUACCGACAUUUGAACUGCAACUGGAAUCGGCAUCGAAUGGGUUGCAAGUUUCUAAUAAGAGCGGCCGAGGGUUCUGCGUCCUCUGAUUCAGGCCAAAAUGUUGAAGAAGAUGAAAUGGUGGUGAAGACUGGUACUGGUUCUGUGGCUUCCAAAGAUUACAUCGGGAAAAUGCAGGAGAUGAUUAAUUCUUCGCCUGCCGGAAUUUUCUUGAUGAGCAAAUGUACUGGAAAUGGCCUUGCAAUUGGGUUUUGCGUUGCAACUGCUUGUUUAGCAAUAAUUGCAAGAGUGUAUUUGAUGGGGAAGUCUAGGAAUAGUCAUUCCGGAUCGGUGGCUGAUCUAGUCAGGCGUGGUCAGCUAAGAUCCGACAGAAGAGGCAUUUCCAAGCCUUUAAAAUACAACGAUCCCUUUAAUAAUCCAUUGGUAAAGGUCGACAAAAGCAAUUCAUCUGUGGAAAUGUGUGGAAAGGUUUAUCGAUUGGCCCCGGUUACUCUUACUAAGGAGGAACAAAAUAUUCAUCAGAAACGGAGGUCUCGAGCCUAUCAGUGGAAGAGACCAACGAUGUUUCUCAAGGAAGGAGAUUCAAUACCUCCUGAUGUUGACCCUGAAACAAUCAGGUGGAUUCCUGCAAAUCAUCCUUUUGCAACAACAGCUAGCGAUAUUGAUGAGGACUUGGCCCAGAACAACGUUUACCAAAAGCAUGGUGUUCCUUUUCGUAUCCAAGCUGAGCACGAGGCACUGCAGAGAAAGCUUGAAGCACUCCAGAGUGAACAAAAACUGAAUAAUUUAUUUAUAGAUCCCGGAAGUGUUAAGGAUUUUGAGAGGCCUUUUAAGUCAAAAUCCAAGUCAGAUGAACAAGUAGAACAAAGUUUUUCAGAUCACCAAGCUGGAGAGUUGAAGCCUCCAAACUCGGGACAUCUCCCAAGUUCUUUAGGGGUUCAAUCGACGUCUGAUGAAGCGGAAAAAUCCUGAGUUAAAGGUUUGAUGUAAAUAGGAUUAUCUUGCAGUUUUGCCGUUAAUUUUAUCAGCAGAACGCAGUAAGUUAGUUAUUCGGGUACUUGCUGUAUAGUAUCAAUGCGUGCAGACCCGUUUCUUAGUUCACCAGCGGUGAAUCGAUGUAUUUCUGCCUUUUUGUCAUAAACUUUUAUAAUAUGUUCAUGUUGAAUUGGGGGAAUAUGAUAGCUUGUUGGUAUAAUUGGUUAGUCA